AAAGUGAAGUUGUUGAGAAAUGAAGAGCGAGAGGGACUGAUUCGAACACGUACAAUUGGUGCACAGCACGCGCGAGGUGAUGUGGUCAUCUUUCUGGAUGCGCAUUGCGAAGUAAAUAUCAAUUGGUUACCUCCGUUAUUGGCUCCGAUCAAGCAUAAUCGGAAAGUAAUGACCGUGCCAGUAAUUGAUGGAAUCGAUAUGAAUACAUGGGAGUACAAACGUGUUUACGGUGCUGCCGAUGUGCAUUUCAGAGGUAUUUUUGAAUGGGGUCUUCUUUAUAAGGAAACAGAAAUAACGAAAGAGGAAGCACAACGUCGUAAAUACAACAGUGAACCAUUCAGAUCACCGACACAUGCUGGAGGUUUGUUCGCUAUUAGUAACAAAUGGUUCGAAGAGCUAGGUUAUUACGAUGCAGGUCUGCAAAUUUGGGGUGGUGAACAAUAUGAACUCUCUUUUAAGAGGCAUAUUUGA